UGUAAUUGAAUCGACUUUAAAUACAGAUAGUUACUUUUUAACGCAAGCCUGUUUUUUUAAGCAGCGUCCAAACAUAUAAAAAUGAUCUAAUUGAUGUUUUUAAGUGCCGAUAUGACUAAAUACUUAAAUCGAUUAAUCAGACGUUCGUUAAUCAAAAUCACCAUAAGACGCCAUCUUUGUUAGAAAAACAGACACAAUUUAAUAAAAUGACGACGUUUGUGAGAGUUACAGAUGACGAAAGUGAGCUUGAAAUCGAGAUUCCGACAGAAGAAGAUGGCGUAGAUCAAGAUGGGACAAUCUUGCUUACUUCAUUGGUUGCACAAUUUCCUGGCGCCUGUGGGUUGAAAUACCGAUCGGAAACUGGAGGACUCCGAGGUGUUAGGCUAGCAAAUGGUAGCCUCUACCCGCCUGGUGGAAUGUGGGGAGACACUGUUUACAUUGUAAACUUUCCAAAAGAAUCAAAACGCAAGGUUGAUGAAGAGUUGGAAAAUCCAGUCUCUUCAAAGAUGAAGAAGGUGGAGACUAGGAAGACCAGUGAUCUGAUUGUUCUCGGGCUCCCAUGGAAAAGCACAGAAGAUGACAUGAAGGCCUACUUUGAACAGUUUGGUGAUCUAGUUCUCACACAGGUGAAAAGAGAUCCCAGGAGUGGCCAGUCGAAGGGGUUUGGCUUUAUAAAGUUCAAGGACUAUGAAGCACAACUGAGGUGCUUGGCAGCUAGACACAGGAUAGAUGGAAGAUGGUGUGAAGUUAAUCUGCCCAAUUCACAUACUGAGCAGGAUAACAAUCCAACAAAUCGAAAGAUAUUUGUUGCCAGAUGCACAGAAGACCUUACAAAUGAAGAGCUUAGGGAAUACUUUGAACAGUUUGGGGAGGUCGUUGAUGUCUUCAUACCAAAGCCUUUCAGAGCCUUUGCAUUCGUUACUUUUGCCGACCCCCUUGUCGCAGAGAGGCUGUGUGGUGAGGACCAUAUUAUAAAGACUGCCAGCGUUCAUAUCAGCAGCGCAGAGCCAAAGGCAAAGGAACAGCAGAUAGAAAGACAGCAGGGCCGAAAUAGGGGAGGCAACUUUGGAAGGGGCGAAAUGUGGGACAACUCUGGCUCAGGACAAGAUGCUGGGCUGGCCAGGGGUAAUAACCCAGUUCAAAAUAAGUCUGAAAUGAAUGCUAUGGGUAUAGAACCGAAUAUGAAUAAUAUCGGAAUGAACAUGUUCAGUUCAGCAAUGCUUGCUGCAGCACAGGCUGUGUUUCAGGGGGCGCAAAAUCCAAACUCAUCUAGUUACGAGUUGGGGCCAGGUUUUGGAGGGACUAGGGAUAGUCGAAGUGGGGGGUUUAAUAAUGAUAGUGCUUCUGGGCAGAAUAGUUACUCGCAGUGGGGGAAUAGGUCUGGGGGAGGGGGAGGUUACAACAAUUCAUCCUCCUCAUCAGGUUGGGGGCAGGGGGCAAGUGGGAGGGGCAACUGGAACUAGAUCAUCUUGGAAAAGUAAAUCUAAUGGGGGCAAUUAAGAUCAUCGAGUUCAAGCAUCUACCAUAUAUUUAUCUUUUUACAUUAUAGAAAUAUUUGCACAACAUAAACCAUGUCCAGGAAUGAUUUACCCUUUACCAUUCAAUAGUAAUACUUUUUAUAAUUUUUUAUGAAAAAAAUUGUAUUUGGUACCUUGUUUAUCAUCAGUCAUGAAAUAGGACUUUUGUAUGAACAAGCCUGAAUCUGAUAUUAUUGAUUGGCAUCAAAUUCUUCAAAAAGCCCCUGCUAUAUUAAAUCCAGAAUUUGAGCAAGCCCGAAAUGCAUUUUUCCAGUGUAGGGUUUGUGGUAAUUUCAACCACUGUACAAUAGUUAUUUGUUCAUUCCUAUUUAAUGAGAAAAUUAGUUUCUAUUAUAUAGAAGAGUAGUACUUAAUUUGUAAAUAUUGUUUAGACAUGCCACAUUCUCACUGUUAAUGAUAUAGUGAACAUGAAAGUGCCAUUAAAAUGAAAGUGGACAGAGUCAGUCAUGAGAGAACUCAGCGUAAGUGUAUUGGGUAACGCAAGAACUAUGAGAAUUGUGCAAUGUGAGAAAGACUUCGUAAAUUGUGUAAAUAGUUUUGUUAUAAUAAUAAUGAUUUUUUUAAUUUUGAUAUGUUUUUUGAAGAUUAUGGUUACUAUUUUAAAUUUUUGUUAAUGGCUAAGAAUUGGACUGUAACAUGUAUACAUGUGUGAUUGUUUACAUCAUUCAGCAGAGUUGUUUUGCUCUGUAUGGAUUUUUGACAGUCUUUUGUAGUUCAUCUCAUUUUAAAUCUGUAAAGUUUGUUGUGAAAGAGUCAAGGGGUCAUUUCAUCAAGAAAUCCUUGGACCAAUUUUGUACCUUGGAGAGAUUUUCAAUUGCACAGAAAAAUCAUUCUGCAGUGCAUAAUUGUUCCUAGAAUCCUUAAUGAAAUGCGUCCUGGGUUAUGAUUGUUGAUUGUAUGAACUUGACAUUCAUAUCGUCACAUUAUUGUGUUAUUUGUCUUGUGCGAAAUAAAAGCAAGUAUUAGUGUGAUAUUUGUGUGAACUUGUGAAUUGUGUGAUGUGAAGUUGGAGUUUGCAAGCGCAGUAAAAUGCGUGUGAGUCUUUCUUUCCUAUUUCAAUAAUUUAUUGCAUUACACAUUUAAUUUUAAGUUUGUCAGUUUUUUGAGGAAAAAAGUAGGUCAUUUCUCAUUUCUCAAUCUCAACUUAUUUUACCACAUAACAGCAUAGCAUGAUAAAAAUCAUAGAUUGAGUUGAUACUGGUCAUUAUUCUAGCGAAAAAUUGUUCAAGAGCAAAGAAUGGGCUUUUUUUGUUGCCUAAAAUCAGUCCUGUAAAAUUGAUUUCUACUUAAAUUAUUAGACUAUUUAAAUACCACACAACAAUUUUUGGUUUAUAAUAAUAUAAAAAAAGAUUAAUAGAAACAUAAAUAAAAAUAUUUAAGAUUGUGAGUCAUGCUAAAAAUGAUAAAUUACACUAUUUAAAUAUCACAUAAUAUAUUUGAUAUGAAAUAUAGAAAAAUAAAUAAAUCAGAAUUUUAAAUAAAUCAAUCAGAAUUUUAAAGUUUGUGAAUCAUACUAUGUUGUUUUGUGGUGAAAUGAGUGAAGAUAAAGGUUGAGAAAUGACUUAGGAAUUUUGUGAUACCAGGGCCAGGUAUUGACAUAUUUUUUUAAGCAAGUUUGCCAACUGGUUCACUGCGUUAUGUAUGCCUCUGGUCAAGUUUCGUUGUACGCAUAAGAGAUUGAUUUUAAAAUACAAUUGCCGCGAUUGAUUGUGAAAGUGUUAAACUGAGUUUGUAUUAACAGUUACAUGGUGAGCACGGAGUAAAAACAUAUAUGUAAAUAGUAUACAUCAUCCUAACAUGUAUGUACGAGAUUAAAUUGCACUGUACAUGUAUGAAGAGCAAAGCAUAUUCGGUGAUUUGUAAGAUGUUGAAGGAAGUUAAUGCGGUAGAUAAUGUGGAAGAAAUUGUGCGAACAUUUUGUUGAAUAUGAAGCACGGAUUUGGAGAGUUUGCUUGUCAGAGCUGUGGUAUUGAAUGAAGAGGUAUUGAAUGAUGGACGUUCAGGUUGGAAUAGAGGGAAGUGCCAGUAAAACAGAUGUUUGAGGAAAGAUGUACAGUGAGCGAGGUAAACAUGUUUGAGGAUGGUGAGGAGUUUCUGAAGGUGUUGGAUGAAACCGAAAUGUUCUUAAAAUAUUUGGUUUCCGCUCGAAAAUGUGAUGCCUGAAUUCACACUCUAGACAGUUUCUCCAAGGAGGUACCAGUCUAUCUAUACAAGAUGCUGACAAGACAUUGGGGCGUUCCGGAGAUGGCAAAAUACCCUUUAACAUCACAGCAUUGGUUUCUGUCAGUUUUAAUGUUAACUACAGAUGAAAUAAACAUAAUAUCACA